AUGUGUGAUCAGACCUUUCUAGUUAAUGUAUUUGGCUCCUGUGACAAAUGUUUCAAACAAAGGGCUCUGAGACCAGUUUUCAAGAAAUCACAACAACUCAGCUACUGUUCAAUGUGUGCAGAAAUUAUGGCAACCGACGGGCUGCACGAGAACGAGACGCUGGCGUCGCUGAAGAGCGAGGCCGAGAGCCUCAAGGGCAAGCUGGAGGAGGAGCGGGCCAAGCUGCACGACGUGGAGCUCCACCAGGUGGCAGAGCGGGUGGAGGCUCUGGGGCAGUUUGUCAUGAAGACCAGAAGGACCCUUAAAGGCCACGGGAACAAAGUCCUGUGCAUGGACUGGUGCAAAGAUAAGAGAAGAAUGGUGAGCUCAUCGCAGGAUGGGAAGGUGAUCGUGUGGGAUUCCUUCACUACUAACAAGGAGCACGCAGUCACUAUGCCCUGCACAUGGGUGAUGGCAUGUGCUUACGCCCCAUCGGGAUGUGCGAUUGCUUGUGGUGGUUUGGAUAAUAAGUGUUCUGUGUAUCCAUUGACGUUUGACAAAAACGAAAACAUGGCUGCCAAAAAGAAGUCUGUUGCUAUGCACACCAACUACCUGUCCGCCUGCAGCUUCACCAACUCUGACAUGCAGAUCCUGACUGCGAGCGGCGACGGCACAUGUGCCCUGUGGGAUGUAGAGAGUGGGCAGCUGCUGCAGAGCUUCCACGGCCAUGGCGCCGAUGUCCUCUGCUUGGACCUGGCUCCCUCAGAGACCGGAAACACCUUCGUUUCAGGGGGAUGUGACAAGAAAGCCAUGGUAUGGGACAUGCGCUCUGGCCAGUGCGUGCAGGCCUUUGAAACACACGAAUCUGAUGUCAACAGUGUCCGAUAUUACCCCAGUGGAGAUGCCUUCGCUUCAGGGUCAGAUGAUGCUACGUGUCGCCUCUAUGACCUCCGGGCAGACAGGGAGGUCGCUAUCUAUUCCAAAGAGAGUAUCAUAUUUGGAGCGUCCAGUGUGGACUUCUCCCUCAGCGGUCGCCUGCUGUUUGCUGGAUACAAUGAUUAUACUAUCAAUGUCUGGGACGUUCUCAAGGGGUCCCGAGUCUCCAUCCUGUUUGGACAUGAAAACCGCGUUAGUACUCUUCGAGUUUCCCCCGAUGGGACCGCUUUCUGCUCAGGAUCAUGGGAUCAUACCCUAAGAGUCUGGGCUUAAUCAUCUUCUCACAACGCACACAAUGCUGAGGAUACGAUUUGAAACCUUCACAUGUAAAUAGAUACUACUUCUAGAGGAGCUGAGGUUUAUUGCAAUUUAGCUUGAGGGAGCAGCUCCAUGGCUCAGAGUUCACUAAGCCUCUCCAAUAUUGCUACUAAAACCACCAACCCCAGAAAUACACUAGUGUGAGCCUUCAGCACCUUCAAGUACAGUAUUUUUCAUUUUGAACACUUUUUAAAGUUUGUCCGUUUUUAAGGUUAUUAUAAAUUAUAGUAGUCUCAACUCAUUGUUACCAGUAGAAUUUAGCAUUUAAUAUAAUCCACUUAUUUCCUUGAAUCAAAUUUGUUUUCAAAGCACUUUAAAAUCUUAUUUUUCUUGGUGUGCACUGUGACUUUUGGAACCUUCCUAUAGAAGUGCUGGUUUUACUAUGACUACAUAUUUGAUAACUUAGAUAAAAUGAACCAAAAAAAAAAAAAAGUGCUGGAUUUAUGGACUAUAUGAGGACUGUGUUACAUGGUCUGUGAAGGAAGAAAAAUUCCAGUUCCUAAUGUAAUUAGACAAAAUCACAUUUUUAAAAAUGUUUUUAUUGUAAAA